CAUUCCAAUGAACUUUGACUAUUUGGAAGAUGAACAGUUUAUAAAAGUAAAAAAUGCGAGAUUGAAUGUGGAGCGUAUCGUACGACAAAUUGAACGUGUCGAGGCUGACACUAAAGAGGAUGCUGUAUUGACAGUUACGAAAAGAUGGAAUCAGCAAACGAAUAAUUACAGAGAUUACGUUAAUCUAUUACUCAAUUCGAUGCGCAGGGAAGUGAAUAACGCUAAAGUUAGAGGUGUAGAUACACAAUACUGUUACGAUACUAAUUUCUGGGCCAUAAACGAGCAUGGCGACAUAGCGUAUCAAUCUGCUACGAAAUGUCACGAAUCUGCUGAAAAGUCUAUUGAAAACAGCCUUGGAUUCCUCGAUAGUCUCAAGUCGCUUGGAUACGAGCUGAUAAAAGAUUUGAAUGAUAUCUUCCUGAACUGCUAUGAUGACGAUAAUACUAAAAUGCAUAGUUGCUUCCUUAGCGAGUUCGGAAAAAUCGAUAAUUCCGUGAAGGAGUUUGAACAGGACGCCAAAUACGUCGAGUAUAACGCAUUGCCAGCGUCCAACUACGCUGUUCUGCAGGCCACUCAAUGUUUGAACAACGCUUACUUGUUAGCGCGCUUCGAAAGUCAGGGCGCAAUGAUGUCUAAUUCUAGAUGCAUUCGAAAUGCGACUGAUGCAACUAUUUUGGAUAUUUUAUUCCGUCAAGUACAGAAGACGAAAAUGCAAGUGGAAAGUACCAUACAGCAACUCAAAUAUAUCCGCGAAAACACUCAGAAAGACGUAGAAGAGACAGUCACGAAGAAAUUCUUCCAAUCAUUGGAAAAGUACAAUAACUGCGCCGAUUCAGUACUCAAUACGAUACGAAAAGAGGUGGAAGAUGCCAAGGCGAGAGGUAGGGAUGCUGAACGAUGCUAUGAUGUCGCUCUUAAUUUUCUUAGGGAUAGUUACAAUACAGCAUAUAUCAAUGCUCAACAAUGCCGAGAAAAUGCCACACGUUCUAUCAAUAAUAACCUUAGUUUCAACGAUCAGCUUAUUACGACCGGACACGAGCUAAUAAAUGAAUUGGAUAACAUCUUUUCGGACUGCUACAAAAAAAAUCCGCGACUUAUCGACAUUAUAAAACUGCGUAGUUGUAUCAAAGAUCAGCAUGGAAUAAGUGAGAUUGGCGUGAAAAAUUUAAAAACGGAUGCCAGUUCCGCUAGAUCUACCGCUAAAAGUGCGUCUAAAGUUGUUAAUCAGCAGACUACUGAUUGUUUGAAUAAUAAAGCUUUCUCGACAGCGCGCUUAGAAGACGUUAGAUCAACUGCUACUAGAUGCCUCAAUAAUGUGUAGAAGGAACAUUUAUCUUUAAUUAUAUUGCAAACAAUAAAAUUUAUUGCCAUUUUGAACUUAAUUACACAAGAAAAAUCGUCAAGGCAUUGUUGAUUUGAUUAAAACAGUUUCGUAGUUACGUUUCGAUAACAGAUUAGUUCAAUAGAUUUAGAUAAGUUAAUGUAAGAAAGUUCACGAUAUCAUAUAUGUUUCG